AUCAGCUGGCUUUCUCACAACACGUCUGGCUUAAGCACACGCCCGACCAGUUGCGCCUCGCCCAAAAUGUUGGCGGAAUUCUCGCGAUUCUGGACAGAAAUUGACUUCUUGGAGCAGUGAGAAUGUCCGGCUAGGUGUACCCUACCGAUGGUUUGAAAAAAAUACGGUGGUGGAUUGCUAAAGAGAGUGGGAAAUAGUCGAAAAAGGGGGAAAAAAAACUUUUCAAAAUGACGCUCUAGCAAAUUCUUUGUUCGGUGCUUCAUCUGGGCGGUUACUCCAGCUCUCCGCGCAGUUACUGAUUUUUUUUCGUCUCUGGUGUAUUAUUAAUCGGCACAUCCAUGAAUUAAAGGCAUUGCAACGUGUGGAGAGGGAGGAUUCUUACUGUGCAACGAAAGGAGGUACGCACAAGCUAAACUGUCCCUCCACGUUUGAGAUGAAUACCACUACACAAGGGUGAUGAGGUCGAGCAGCGUUGAGGAGGUCGGGGGCCAUGGGCCGGGUGACCCCUGGGAGGUGUUCACGGCCCUGGCCAUCCUGGUGGUCGAGGGCAGGACAGCAGGUGGAGAACGAGGGUACCACGCUGGACCACACUGCCCUCUGCCACACCAGUUGCAACACAAGCACUCAUGUGACCUAAAUGACCGUCUAUGCAUGCAAGCUGAUGCAUUGGUGCGGCAGCUGCGGGUGAUGUGGGGUGUGGGUGUGGGUGUGAGCCUAGAGGUGCUGGUUGCCCCUGAAUGCCAACAUGGAGCAGUUCUUGCCGCUACUCUGGACACUACAACCGCCCCCUCGCAGAACCUACGGCUGAUUGAGCAGUGGAACUUCACCAUCUAUGAUCGCAGGCUUACAGAGGCAACAGCAACUGGUUGGUCAUUGAUGGCUGCCGUCCGGUCCUUCCUGCACUUCUCGCAACUCUCAGCAUGGCUGAGUGUUUCAAGAGGCCGCAGACCCCCCAAUGUCCUAUAUCGCCUCACUGUUACGUCUCCAGUUUUUUGUUCCAAAUUCACAGAAGAAGCAGAAGAGCAUGUUUUCCCUUUGGCAUACAUGGGGCAAAACACAUCCAUUAAGGUGGCAGUGCGAUCUCUCCCUCGUAGUGAGAAGGUGCCUGUUGUAGUCUGCCACGAGAACCACGAGGAAGAGGACCAGACGGAAGCACUGUCAACAGAAGGAUGUGUAUCCAAUUGCUCACAAAACAGCAAAGCAGAGAAUGGAAAAUGUGAGGAAGAUCUAAGGCGGAGCAUAAUGAAGGCCAGACUGGCAGAAAACACAAGAGUCAGAAGUGAAUCCCCAGACACCCAACUUGGCGAAUCUCUCCUGGACCCCCCAAACUCUCUCACCCGGUUCCCUCGCAGAUACCAGUCCCCUUCCCGGUCUGGUUCCCCAUCACUUGAAACUCCAGAGCACCUGAUAUGCCGUCAACGCUCACCAACAACACUCAACACACGGCCACCGGAUCCAGCCAUAUCAGUUGCCCCAAAUCUGCCCUCUCACCCAUUUUCCUGGACUCAAGCCCGAUAUCCGAUGACACCCAUGGGCAUUCAUCAUCCUCACCUUGAUGUGUGCUCAGCCAAUCCAGAAGCCAUGCACCUCCAGCAACCUCAACAGCAGCAGCAACAGCAUAUGCAACAGAAUCCAUAUGGAAUGGAUUAUGCGGGACCAUACCAGCAGUACAGGAGGCCACAGCUUUUAUACAAUCGUCCACAGAUGUGCUGGUCACAGGAUCAACUGAUGCAGCAACAGCAGAAGCCUCAUCUUCAUCCAAAUCCACAACCAUCACAACCGCUAAGUCACAACCCAAGUUAUGUCCAGCAGCAGAAGCCUUCGUCCCGGGUGUCACCUCGAGGGGGGAAGUACCAGCAUUAUCCUGAGUAUCAGAUGCAAGACUUCCCAGAAUACCUCAAGGUUUGUGAGGAAGAGAGGGAACUCCCCAGUGCAUGCCAAGACCAGAGAAUGCAUGGGGAGUAUCCUGAAAGGGAUGCAUACUCAGGGAUUAGAACGAGAGGGGAAUACCCUGAAGUUCCUUCAAAACCCUCUGCUUAUAACUGCAGUGAUCACAUAUCUGGGCGAGGAGAGGAUUACAGGCAAACCUGGGAGUGCCAGAAAGAUCAGCAUGGCUGCAGAAAAGCAUCAGAUCCUGUUCCUAGUAGCAGGAGCAGCACACGGGUAAAGCAGAGCCAUUUGAUGUUAGAUGAACAGAUGAAGGGAAUCGAUAGUCUUUCAAAAGUCAUUGAUGAUCAGCUAAGGCCUUGCUGUUCACAUACUGGUAAACAUCUCUGCACAAGCCUGGAAGAUUUAGCUGAUGCCUGUAGUAAAGAAGAACUCAAAAUGCAGCAAAUGAAUUCAAAGGAAUUAAAGCAAGAUCUGAAGAGCAGAAGAGAUGUUAGCCCAAGCCACUUGUUACAAGGCAAGUUUAACUUUGAGCUAACCCCAAAGGAGACCAUGGAAAUCCUUAGCGUCUUGCGGCAGCCAACCCCAGUACCACCACUGCGCAUGGAUCGGCAUCACAACACUUCAGAAACUGAAUUCUUGAGAAGCUCCUCAGACUCCAAGAGCCUAAAGUCCUUCCCCAGUGAAAGAAAGUCUGAGAGCCAAAUCUGGGGAGAAAAAAACAUGCCAGGCAUAUUCUCAAAAGAUGGGGAAAAGAGGACAAGGUACUACAAGGAAGGAAGGUGUGAUACCUCUCCCUGGCAUGAUAGGGAUGAGGUGAUUGAAUACAAGCUGGAGCGAGGCAGCACUGAUGAGGGGAACUUGAAAUUGUGUCGAGAGGGACCAAAAACCUUGUCAUCUUUUGACCACAGUGGACGCAACAUCGAAAGGUGCCAUAAGGAAAAUUGGGCGAGAGGAAACAUGCAGAAGUUAGCCUCUAGUCCAGAGAAUCGGUUUCUUGAAGCCAUAGCUCGUAGUGGUGAAAAACAUUGUGAUAUUCCUAGUUGUAAGAAUUUAGUGGAUAGUUGUGAACCUUAUUGGACCAGAGUUAUUAAUGACAAAAGCAAAGAUAUAUGUGAUAAAAGAGGUGAGAAUAACGACAAUGAAAGUGUUACACAGAUGAAAGAAAAUGAAUGGAAAAACACGUCGCAAAGCCCAUCACUGUGCAUUGAGGCAAAGAAAGUCACACAGAAGACAAACUUUUUCACUGUAAAUAGUGAACCCACCAAAGCUAUCAACUGCCAGCCACAGAGGCAAACAUCCCAGACUUUGGUAAGAAGCCCUUUCAGUGCAAUUUUAUCCAGUAUCCAAAAAGAGUACAAUCAAGUCCAUGAAGAGGAACAAGUCCCAAAUAAGGAUGCAGGAAGGCCAACUUCAGAUUUUGAGGUAAAAGAGAAAGCAAAAAGGGCAUUAGACUUCGAAGACCUUAAAACUGAAGACCCAGUUCCAGUGACAAAAGCUGACAAGAUCCUUAAGAGAAACCGUCUACCUUUCCCACAAGAGGCAAAAGAUCAGAUGCCAAGUCAGGAAAAUGGAAACGCGGUGGAACGUGUGCGGGAGACAAGAGAGGGAUUCGCAAAGAGUAGGAGUUUGCUGAAACACCUCAUGACCCAGGGUCGCCAACAUCCUCAGGACAAAUCUCGGGACAUCAAACAACCAAAUGAAGAGGAGCAGAGUGAAGACCUGCAGGACAAGGAGGCAAAGGAUGAAGCAGAAAAUAAUGAAACCCCAGAGACUAAUGGGCAGGUGAAUGGCUACCACAGUCAGGAUGAGGACGAUGAGGUCAAGAAGCUGUGCAGUGGCAAGGGAGUCCCCAUUCCAUCCGCAAGCGAGAAGGCCCAGUUCCGGCGGUCGCUGGACUCCGCUACCAACAUGGUGUUUCACUGCAAGACGGGUCUUCCCCUCACCUCCUCCCCAGCCCCUCUGCGCAAGGGAAAGAGGUUCGACUAUGACUCGUCUCUCACCAGUGUUGCAGCCAUUAAGAGAUCGACAUCGUUCCACUGCAGCGCGUUGUAUACCUGUGAUAGUGAAGAGGAAGAGGGCUACUCCCUUGACACCCUGGCCAGCGACAAGCUUGGCAAUGCAGCGAAUAAGCCUGUGCAGCUCUCCACAUCGGCUCCAGCUACAGUCACAUGCUCAAACCUCCUGGGCAGCUUCGAAGAGUGUGUCCUGAAUGGGCGGCUCGAACCUGUCUCCACUGUGCAGGGCUUCACAGCAGAGAUUGCUGCGUCAGGGGCCUUCUGCCCCAAACGAACCACCAAGCCUGUCACAGUCUUUUUCUACACCUUGUGUGAUAAUGACCAGAUCUCAUCCCCUUAUAUGGGUCACAUCAACCUAGGCAAGAAGGGUUACCACGUGCCAAACAAAGGAACAGUCCAGGUGACGCUGUUCAAUCCCCAUGGGACCGUUGUGAAGAUGUUUGUGGUCAUGUAUGACCUGUCAGAUAUGCCGCCCAACUCUCGCACGUUUGUCCGUCAGCGCACCCUCAACAUGCCCGUUGGGGCCACUGAUUCCGAUCCCAAUGCUCAUCAGUGGCUUCGUUACCUCAUUCAUCUCAGGUUUGUCAGCUCCAAGUCUGGCAAGAUCUACCUCCACACUGAUAUACGCAUGUUAAUCUUCCGGAAGAGUGAUGCCGAUGCUGCCACCCUGCACAAAACGAGUGUCCCGUAUGAGUUACGUUCCUUCACUCACGGACCAACCAAUCCAAAAUUCUCACCCAGAAAGUAACACUCGAGAACAUUGUCAUGUCAUCAUGCAACUGCACUGCCUCUCCUCCUUUAUAGCGUUCAGAGAUCCUGCCAUCGUUCAGAAAAGGAAGUUUUUCUAUCAUAUAGGCAAAGAUAAUUCAUGUAAAAGAUUUAUAGAGAAAACUUCACCCCAGGAGUCAAAAUGAAAAUGAGAAGAGUCGAGAUUUAAUGUAAAAGAUUACUUAAGAUUGAAGGAAAAGAGAUUAUGCAGACACAUGUUGGUUUUAAACUUUUCUGAAGGAAGGUAAAGGACUAAAGGAGGAACUGUUAAUAUAAGAUAUAGUUCUAACUUUACAUGUGAUUUGGUGCUCAGCCAAAGUAACAAUAUUUACAUUAUAUAUAAUGCUUCCAGCCUGAAACUAAGAACCUAUUCCACCCACACCCCUGUGUCAAUAUUUCUUGUGGAGUUUUGACUCCUGCAAAUUUGUUAACUCACCAUCCAUCAGCAUUAGAUGCAAUCUCCAUUCAAACCAUAUCAGAAGAUACAGAUCACAUAAUAUUUUAAAAAGUAAAGGAGAAAGAUUAAAGGGAAAGGAAGUUGUCAGUGUGAUUUAUGUCUAGUAUUAUACUUACAAGUGUGGUAGAAGCAGAGGUGCAGCAGACACUCCCCUAUUGUCUGCUUUUGUGAUAGAUGUUUCUAUUGAAAGCAAAUGCUGAUCUCAGUAUUGCCUGUGGGAUUCUAUAUGGAAUUUGUUAUUUUCUAUAGUUUCCUGUCUCGUGAUGCAGUAUUGAUUAUGUUUGAGUUUGUCUGUACUCUGAUUUUCAUUAUCAUUUGUGUUUAUGUACAGUUCAAAGGAUUUUUAUUCACUUUCAUGUGGUCAAGUCAUAUGCUUUUUACUGAUUUGGAUAUAACUAUUAAUACAGGUAGUGAAGAUUUCCAUAAUAGCAGGGAAAAAAAAUAUUUUGGCAGCCUGUAAAUAGCAUGAGUAUCUCUCAUAUAUUUGGAAAUAUAUGUAAUACUACAAUGUAUCAGGCAAUGGAAAAUUUCUUGCCAUACUUCCCAAGAAAGAAUCACUAUUGUUUUCAUAGGAAAAGGUUCUCCUUAUGUAAUCUGUGAUAACAGCAAGCCUGGUACAGCCAUCAAUCAGUAUGACUAUAACAAAGACCUAUAACUGAAGAUGCAAGUUAGUUGUUCUGAGGGAAUGAGAUGAAGGAUUUGAUCGGAAAGGGUUUUCAUGACAGACCUACUAUAACACAGCUCUGCUUGCUAGAGCAUUUCAUAGCUAGCUACAGUGACAGGAUGGUCCCAUAACCCUGUGGGAGUUUUAUAGCUAGGAUGUUUGAGUGGAUCUUCAGUUUAAACUUCAUCAGCCAAAACAGGAUUGAUUCAAACUAAUGCAUUUGUGCAGAUGUGUCUUGUUUCUGUAUAUUUGUUGGAGUAUGUGAGUGUGUGUGAAAAAUGUGCCUGUAAUGAAAAAGAGUGCAUGGAAAGUUGAUUGAGUCCACAAGGACAUGAAUGGAUUUUUCCAAGUGUAAUUCAAGGUGGAAGAGAGAUUUUGAAUGAAUGAUAUGCUAUAUAUAUCCAUUCUCACAAUUGUAAGUUGGCAUAUACAAAAUAUUAGCCUGCAGAAUAUUGAAGCUUCAUGUAAGAGUGCUUAUAUGACAAAAACCCUGAUAGUAUUCUGAAAUGUAUCUGUAUUGUAUAUUUUUAAUGUUACUGUCUUCAGAAUAUAUAAGAAUGUCUUCAGAAUAUAUAAGAAUAUUAAGUGAAUUAUGCUCAUUUUACAUUGUUCAUAUUAUAUUUCUGUAGUGAAGAGAAUCUCUUCCUGAUUGAGACUUCAAAAGUAUAUUUUAUGAAUACUGAAAUCCCUAUAGUCAGAAAAAAUAGCUCAGACCUGCUUUUAGAUCUUGUAUUUAAAAUGAAUGAAACAGUUUCCAGUCCUUUGAAAACCCAUAUAAUUCAUUUAUGCAGAUGUAGAGGGAAGGGAACGUGUAUCUAGAGAUAUGAACACACCAGUGGAUGUUGUGAUUUUCCUGCUUUUCCAUUUUCCAUCCAGUUUCAUCUCACUUCAAAUCAUUUGACCCCUGUCGAGCUCUUCCCUGUCAUGAUACACUUUUCAGGUAAUCUUUAGACCUUGUAAUUAAUAUACUGAUAUGAGCUGCAACUUGAGUGGGCAAUGCUCUCAUCUCAGCAUGUCUCUUUGUCCAAUAGUCUUGAAAAACACAAAUUAAGCACUAUAUGAAUGUGUAUAUUACAUAAAUGGUAUGUAAUGUACAUCGAAGAGUUGCCUUGAUUUUUUUUUGUGAUUUACGUUCACCCAAAUUUUGUGAAAUUUUGUUGAACUAUUUGGUCUCUUUUUUCAGUAAGAAAAGAUAAAUAAUGAAAUAACUUAUUGGCCAUGUGGAUAUGUGUUUAAGGGGGCGGGGGGAAAGACAUUGACAGAGGGAAAAAUAUUGGUGUAAAGGUAUUGGGAGACAUUUGCUAGUCAUAGAUAGACUAAUUGAAUUGGUAUUUUUGUAGCAUUGAUUUAAAGUUAUUCAGACACUGUGGAUCCAUUUAUUAGAAGAUUAUAUAUAGAAAAUAUUUUGCUGCUGUAUCUUAUUUUCUGUUCUUGUUAUUAAACUUUGCAUAUAAUUUUUCAUUUGUUUUGUGUUCUUUACAUUGGUUUUAGUAAUUGGCAGAAUAUUACAAGGCACAGAGGUUAGACACCACUUUAGCUCUAUAGGGAGAGAGUGAGAAUAAGCUUAAGCAUAAGUGUGACUGUGCAUGUGAUUCAAUAUUUUGUGUUUAUCUCAUGCAUUAAAACACCUUCAAUUGAGAGGUAUUGUAAUUCAGAAGAGAGGGGCUUUAGUUCCUCUGAAACAAAACUUGAUUCAAUCAACAGCUACAGAAAUAGUUAAAUUUGCAUAUACUGAUGAUACAUGAAGAUAUAUAUAUAUAUAUAUAUAUAUAUAUAUAUAUAUAUAUAUAUAUAUAUAUAUAUAUAUAUAUAUAUAUAUAUUAGUUGAUACAUGAAUGGAUACAAUAGGCUGACAGCAUUUCCAAAGUAUUUACUUUUGUAUUGGAUAACUAUGCAGGUUAUUGUUAUCACCCUAUUCUAUUCAUUGUGUUUGUUAAGAGUGAUCCAGGGUUUUGUUUGUUUUUUUCUCUUUGUCUAAAAAUGACAAAAAAUCUUAGACAUUCUUUACUUUCCAUAUGAUUAUGUAGCAAAGAUGAACAUAUCGCCAACUAUUAUGCCAACUUUUGAAAGUAAGAAUUAUCACAUAGGAAAUAAUAGUAUAUAUAUAUUGAAAUACUUCUUUUUUGGAUGUAUAUGUGUAUAUAUACAUAUAUGUUUAUUUCAUUAAGAAAGUAUGUGUGCGUGCAUGUGUACAUAUUUCAGGUAUAUGGGUAAUAAACAUAUAUUUAUAUAUAUUUAUAUAUGUGUUUUUAUAGAAGUAUUGGAAUAGUUCAUUUGACUUAUCUUCUAAAGCUCUAUCUGCUUUAGAUAUAGUUGCCUGAUUUUAACUAGUCCAAAUUUCCAAAAGGUAUUGACAGGCACGAACACCUAAGUCUUCGCUCUGUACUGUUUCAAAAAUGUUGAAUUGUGAAGGGAGAAUCAAAAAAAAUAUCCUCUGUACUCAUGUAUCAGAACUUUCAUGAAGGUAUAAAGUUGGCAAAGCUAUUUAUAUGUUAAAAGAGAUAAAAAGAGAAAGAGUAUGAUAGCAAUUAUUAAAAAGAUGUGUAUAUACCUAUAUCUAUGUAUUAAAAAAAAAAAAAAAAAAAAAAAUU